AUGGUUGGAGCCCAGUGGUCGUUGGAGGAGGAGCGGUGCUUCUGGCAGCGCAUCAUCCCCAUCUCGCCAUCCCGAGCCGGCAUCGAUGUUGCCGUACGCGACGAGAACAAAUGGAAGGAGCUUGUCCCUCUGAUGGAAAGGUGGAUGGGAGAGGAGGCUCGCAGGAAGUAUACCGCUCAGAUGCUUUAUGAGCACUGGUACCAAAAUUACCAGCGCAGCUACUCUCCGAAUGCCUACCAGUUUGUCCGCACAUACCUCCUCAGCAUUGGCGAGGACCCCGAAGCGUCUCGUCCAAACAGGCCAGGCAGCUCCAGCAGACGCGGCGGCGUAAGGAAGUCGGUUAGAGGGGCUAGCAGCCGCGGCAACAGAAGCAGUAUUCAGUCACAGAGGGAAAGCCGCAGUGGCAGCGGUCGAUCCACCCUGAGCUCGUCAUCACCACGCAAUGGUGCCAACGACACCAACACAACGCGUUCGGAGACUGAAUCUCGAGGUGCUGCCCCGUCGGCCACUAUCGAUCAUCCAACAUACCGCACAUAUGCCACCGCCGGUCCGUCCCACCAACAGGUGCCGUUUCCAAUUAUGAGCACAGAGCAAUCCGACCAUGGCUUCACUGCCAGGCCAGUGCCGGUGCCCCAGCCCUUCUACAACCCCGACCCACGCUCCGCAGACAAUGACAUCCGGGAGGCGGCUCUCCGUCUCACAGAGCUGGCGGCCUCAGGCCGCAUAAUCAGUCCCAGCGCGGACGGUAGCGAGCACAGCGGCAGCUACUUUGGCAGCGUCGCCAGCGGCGGAAGCGGUAGCGGUUACGGCGAGUACGGGCAUAGGGCGAGCGCCCACGGCUAUUGGCCGCAGUUUCAGGAGGCCUCAAACGGAUACGGAGUCGCUCCUGCUCGGCAUCAGCCCCACAGCGGGCACUUUUCCUACCCCAACUCCAUGCCUGUGGUGGGCGCAUACAGUUCCGCGCAUCAGGCCUUGGCUCCUGGAAUCAUGGGGCGAGGCCCGGUUCAUGGCGGCCCGUACCAGCUCCCUCCGCCUAUACCCCCGCGGCUACUCGCUCAUUGUGAACAAUACUCUACGAUUCAGGGGGUCUUUUCCCGUGGAAGCUUCAAUCCCAGCCCGACCGAGGUGCCACCAAACUCUGGACAAAUCAUUCAUCUGCGUCCCGAGGUUGCUCGAGGGACGGCAGGGGUGGGAGAGAAUCAUGUUCAGGAGAGAAAGGGCAAUGAUAAUGGACAGUCGGUGCAGGAUGACAAGGAAAUGACCAGAAAAGGCUGUACCAAUGAUGAUGAUGAUGAUGAUGAUGAUGAUGAUGAUUCAGGACGACGUUGA